AUGAUUUUGGAGGAAGCACAAAUGGGUAACUCAAAAUAUCCUACUGGUGUUGUAGAGAAGCUGAAAAAUAGUUUCUAUGUGGACAAUUGUCUAACUAGUUUACAAACUGAAACUGAGUUACAUGAGUUCAUUCAAGUGGCUAAAGAUGUUAUGCUAGAAAGGAAGUUCGACCUAAGAGGGUGGGAGCAUAAUUAUUCCCACUCCUCAACAGAAGAGGUUUCCUGUGUGACAAAUAAAAUUGCCCCAGUAUUAGGCCUGCAAUGGUCUUUAAACUCGGAUACACUUUCUGUAAAUUUAAAAGAAGAUUGUGAAGAUAAUGAACCUGUUACUAAAAGGAAAAUACUAUCAGAAGUUCAUAAAAUUUUCGAUCCUAUUGGGUAUACUUGUCCAGUUACAUUAUACCCGAAAUUGUUGUUACAAAAACUGUGGCAAAUGAAAACAAAUUGGGAUUCCGAAUUGCCAACAGAAAUCUCUAAGAAGUUCAAAAGGUGGAGAAAUCAGUUGAGUCUACUUAGGAAAAUUGCUAUCCCUAGAUGUUUAAUAAAAGAUCCUGAUAAUGCUGGCAGUUUAAGUAUACACGUGUUUUGUGACGCAAGCAAAACAGCUUAUGCUACCUGCAUAUAUUUAAGGAGUGAAAAUAAGAACUUGACUUCAUGUCAGUUGGUUCAAGCAUGGAGUAAGGUAGCUCCGCUGAAGGCUAUUACAAUUCCUAGGCUAGAGCUGUUAGCUUGCUAUGUUGGUACCAGACUGGUGCAAAGAGUUAUUGAAGAUUUAAAAUUAGGAAAUAUUCCAAUUUUCUUUUGGACUGACUCCAAAAUCGCCUUGUGUUGGAUAAAAGGUAGCGAAAACUGGACACCAUUUGAUAUCAAAGUGAUUGGUGUUCCUUAUUGUGAUAAAGCUGAUCACCAGAGUCUUAAUCAACAUGUCAAGUAUCGGCAAAAUUUACAGAAAGCCUUAAGAAACAGAUUUCGGUCGGAAUAUUUGGGAGCUCUGCUUCAAAUACCAGAACGUAAAACAGCUUCUGCCGUAGCAGUGGGUGAUGUUGUAUUAAUUGGAAAUGACAAAACGAAACGCAUCAGUUAG